CCGACUAGUGGCCUGAGCCCAGACUACAUCUCUCUCUACCAUGUCAACAACGGCUCGAUCGAGUACCACACAAACCGCGGCCUUAUUGAAAAGACGCAAGGCACUGGCAAUGAUGUCAGCACGCUCGUCACAUUCACCUUCCCAGCAAACACAGCCGGCAAACAAUGCCAAAUCGUCCUCGACUUCUCAUCAUAUCGGCACUAUAUCAGGAGAGAUGGAAGUCAGAACGUCGACAUCUUCACGUCUCUUUACCCCGCUACGCACUCGACCAGCGACUGGCCGGCUGGAAAUGGCCGCAACAAUCAAUUAGGCCGCGUAAAGGUUCACGAUUGGAGUGUUUCAACUGUCGAGUGGGGCAACAUGAAGUUCCCUUGCCCAAGUGGCCAGACAUUAGGAUACGAGCUUGUUCCUACAGGCGAUUCGCAGCAUAUCGAAUGGUCUCUAGGACCAGAUGGACCGAAGGUC